AUGACUUGCUUCCAAUCUCGCUGGGCCGAGAAUGCAACUAACGAGUGUCGUUGGGCCGAGUGGCAUAUUGGGCGUAGCCCAUAUCCAACAGAGACGACGCCGGUGCCGGAUUUAGUGUCCAAGGCAAUGACGACGUUGAAUGGUUAUGACGCAAAACUUGUCAUUCCAAAGAAAACGUUGUUUGCUAGUGAUCUUGAUACUAAACAGUCACGGCUAAACCUCAAUGUGAAACUGAUGAAUGGUUUCUUGAGUCAAGAUGAGCAAAAGACGUUGUCGGCGAAGCGUUCCGUUGGUUUGAGAGUUGCUGUUCUUGUAGCUGUACAUCCUCCGUCAAAGAUUCGAGUCAUUGAGUUACACAAGCGCGAGAAAAAUUAUUCAUUUGUCAAAGGCUGGAAAAAGCUGAUUGCCGACAACGCUAACAGGCUCAACGUGGAUGAAUCUUUCUCGUUAUAUGGGUUUCGUUCUAGAGGCGUGCAAGAAGUUGUUCGUGAUUGUGAAGGAGACAAUCUUUGUGAUUUGGAUGAAGGUAGUAUUUGUUUUGCUAUUGUUCCUUCUAAAGAUUCUGGUAACGACGAUCUUCCUGGCGAAACAGAGUCUGCUCUUCCUGGCCAAACAGAGUCUGCUCUUCCUGCCGAAACAGAGCCUACUCUUCCUGGCGAAACAAAGUCUGAUCUUCCUGGCCAAACAAAGUCUGCUGACUGGUUCAAUGAGAGUCACGAAUUCAAUCAUCUUUCCUUUGAUCCAAACGACCGCGAAGGAUACCUUCCGGAGGAAACGGAGGAUUUUGGUGUCAAUGAGGACGGGUCCAUUCGUGAUGCUUGA